AUGGCGACGGGGAUGCGCGCAGCCAAUGAGGGAAGGGAGCGGCUGAAGGCAGCAGCGAACCUGCAGGUGGCCUCGAAGCAGGCACCUGACUUUGGGAGGCGAGAGUGGGGUGCACCUGCCAGAGUGGUGUCAAACCUUGUGAAGAAACCUGAGGAGGACAUCUACCUGGAGUGUGAGCCUGACCCAGUUCCGGCCUUGACUUGGACUCUGAGCUCUCAAGUUCUGCUGCCCCCGGUCCCUCUGCCAGUGACACCUGUGGUGCCCAGGCCUACCAUAACCCCCCAGGAAUCUCGGAAGGGAGCAGCAGACGCCACCUCCAAAGGAUCUACGCCAAGUGGGGAACCCAAGAUCCCUCCUCAAUUGGGAGUUACACAAGGGCUGGCUGGAAGGAGAUUGUCUCUUCCCUCCAGAGGGCCCCCCAGGAGCACCUCCGCUGCCCAGGAUGGCAGCCUGCUGGGCCAGCCAUGGUAUGCAGGGAACUGUGACCGGCUUGCUGUUGAGAGGGCCCUGCUUCGCUUCCAAAAGGACGGGGCCUACACAGUGCGCCCCAGCUCCGGGCCUCACCGCUCUCAGCCUCUCACACUGGCGGUGCUCCUCCGAGGCCGGGUGUUCAACAUUCCCAUCCGGCAGCUGGAGGGCGGGGGCCACUACGCUCUGGGCCGGGAGGGCAAGAGCCAUGAGGAGCUCUUCCCCUCUGUGGUGGCCAUGGUCCAGCACUAUGCAAAGCACCCGCUGCCUCUGGUGGACAGACACAGCGGUGGCCGGGAGCUCACCUGCCUGCUGUUCCCCACCAAGCCCUAAGUCUACAGUGGAUCAUACACAUACUCACCUCCCCGGCCCACAGUGUUCCCCUAGACCCCCACCACCCAAGAUGCCUUCGGGUCUCUUCCCCG